AUGACAAUCAUCUGCCUGCACGGCGGCUAUGGCAGCGCCGAACAAUUUCAAAUCCAACUCAAGCCUCUAACCACAGCCAUGCAAUCCGCGUGUCCCGACAUCUCCUUCCACUUCAUCGACGGUGGAUACCCCGUUACACCGCCCCAAGGAUACGCUGAUCUCUUCGGCCAGCCUCCUCACUACCGAUUCAUCGAAUACGAUGAGACCAGACGAUCCGAUGAUCUUCUGGGACGGGUCAAUCGGCUAUCGAGGGGGUCGACAGUCGAGGACACGAUGCAGUUCCUGAAUCAGGAGAGCGAGGUGAUGUCUGCGGAUAGUGUGAGAGGGAUGAUGGCGAAAUUGUUUGCCAUCUUGGAAGAAAACCCUGAUAUUGACGGUAUACUAGGGUUUUCGGAAGGAGUUACAGCGGCUGCUAGUUUGCUGGUUGAAGAAGACCGUCGUGUCCGGGAGGAAGGAAAAACGAGACAGCUCAAGUAUGGAAUCUUCUUCGCGGGCUGGCCGCCCGUUCGUCUUGACGGGCAGCGAGUAACAGGAUGCCUGGCCGAUGAGUGCGAAGACAUGAUUGUGGUCCCGACGUGUCAUAUCAUCGGGGUUAAUGAUCCCUUCGUGGAUGCUUCUAUGGCGUUGUAUGGGGUCUGUGACCCGGAUACGGCGAUUAUGUUUGACCAUGGCAAGGGACAUACUGUUCCGCGGGAUGCGAAGACUGUGAGUGAGCUGGUGGAGGUGAUUGACCAGACGAGGAGGAAGGGACUUGAUGCAGGUUUGUGA